CUUAUAUAAACCCCGCCGCACCCCUGCUACUUCCGACGCUCCUCUCUCUCUCUCUUUACUUCGUCUCUCUCUCUCUCUAACGUUUCUUUCCGUCGCUCUCUCUCUCUCUUCUCGCCGCCGGACUUGCGGAAGGAAAGAAGGAACGAGAGAGACGAAAGGAAAGGAAAAAACUCCAUUUCUUCUUGUGCUUCUGAUCCCCACCAUCUUUGAUUUUGUUUCGUUGUUUCUGAUCUCACUCCACCGUGUUUUAGAAUGGCCACCGUUAACUACAACGCACCAUCGGCCACUCCCACUGCCGCGGCGGCUGCUCCGGCGAAGAACGUCGAUACCCAAUCUGUGCUCAAAAGGUUGCAGUCGGAGCUGAUGGCCCUAAUGAUGAGUGGAGAAACAGGGAUAUCAGCAUUUCCAGAGGAAGACAACAUCUUCUGCUGGAAAGGGACGAUCACUGGGAGCAAAGAUACAGUCUUUGAAGGAACCGAGUACAAGCUGUCUUUAGCUUUCCCCAACAGCUACCCUUUCAAGCCGCCAAAGGUGAAGUUCGAGACCACCUGCUUCCACCCGAAUGUGGAUGUGUACGGCAACAUCUGCCUGGACAUUCUUCAGGACAAGUGGUCUUCUGCGUAUGACGUUCGGACUAUUCUGUUGUCCAUCCAAAGCUUGCUUGGAGAGCCAAACAUCAGUUCGCCACUCAACACUCAGGCAGCACAAAUGUGGAGCAAUCAAGAAGAGUACCGAAAGAUGGUGGAGAAGUUGUACAAGCCUCCAGCAGCAACUGCAUAGGAUAGAUGAUAACUGGGUUUUACUUUACUUACUUGGAUGUCCUUGAGAGAUUACCUACUGUGGUCAUCUGAUUUUAUGUUGUCCAUCACUGUAAUAAUUCAGUGCCAGUUUCUAAUGAAUGAGAUAAUACCAUUUGAUUACUCUCCUGUCUCUGCCAUGGUAUGCUUUUGAAUAAGAUAAAAGAAUAUAGAGC